UUUAAAAUCAGAGACAAACCUAUACACGUAAGUGUAUGCUAGGUUAUCAUGAUAAUCAACAUGUUUUUUUUUUUUUUUUUUUGUCUUUCAGGCUAACUGAAUUCACUUCACGAACUGCUUCCGCAGGAUAUGUGCCUGUAUUAACAAGCCCUCUGUCAUAGGCUAACGAUAUCAACAUGUACAAUAAUCUCUCAUGACUGGUAGAAGAAUGUUCUUUCCACUGUGAAUCGACAUUUAGUUGAAAAACGCUAACUAUAUCGUAAUAUUCUAACCUCAGACAUGUUUCAAUCCAUUCUUCGGAACUUUUUCAUUGGUAUAUCUUUGUAUGCUAUUCUUUUCGAUAAUACAAUUUAUGUGACGUCAGAGGAGGAGACAGACCACGCUAAGAGACUUUGGGAUACACUUUUUGUCAACAAUUCCUACAACAAAUUCAUUCGUCCUGUUAAAGAUCACAAACAGACUCUAAUCAUGGAGGCAAGUCUUAACCUUGUAGCGAUUAUGGAUGUAGAUGUUGUCGAGGAAAAACUCACCACAACAGCUUUUCUAGGACUGAUUUGGAGUGAUGAAAACCUUGAAUGGGAUCCAGCUUUGUACGAUGACAUCACAGAGGUAAGCGUUUCCUGUUCACGCGGUCAUUUCAUGCAGUUCUAUAGUAAAGAUUUUAACCCCAAAUUACUACUGAUACCUCAGACGGAAGUAUGGACGCCUGACAUGGCUUUGGAUAAUGGCUUCAGCAAGAUGAAGGCCCUGGGUGAUAAAUUCGUUUUGGUUAAAGUCCAGUAUGAUGGAACUGUCAUUUGGCAUCCGUACGAAGUCUUCGAAACCAAAUGUGCUAUGAAGGUAGAAUAUUUUCCUUUCGACAACCAAACCUGUAACAUUAACGUAGGCGUCUGGACUAGUGAAAUAGAUAAAAUACAUGUCAGAGUGCCCCCAAUCGAAGUUGAUUUGGAGCAUUUCCAAAAAAACUCGGAAUGGGACUUAACGGGAUGGACUGCACACACGUUCACAACAAAAACCGACAACGCCAUGAUACAAUUCUCUAUCUCCCUGAAGCGAAAGCACCAGUAUUACCUGUACAACGUGGUUGCUCCUAUUCUUAUGCUUUCCAUUUUAGCAAUUUUCACAUUCGCGAUUCCAACUGAGAGUGGAGAGAAACUCGGAUUCUGCAUGACAGUGUAUUUGGCGUUUGCAGUAUUUCUCACAAUUGUAAGUACGUCACUUCCGGUUUCAUCUGUAUUGUCUCUCCUAGGGAAAUACCUCAUAUUUCUCUUAAUCAUAGGGACAUUGAUUGUUGCAAUUUGCACACUGGAACAUCGAAUACAUUUCAGACACAGUUCCCGUGAAAUACCAGGCUGUUUCAGAGGUCUUGUGAGACUGAGUUUGGUUCUACAAUGCCGAAGUUGUCAACGACAGAAAGUUGACAGUACACUGGAAAAAACGGAAACUACUGAUAUUGUACCCGGAGAGGAUUCCGAUAAAAUAUCUUGGAUGGAAGUUUCCAGUGCUAUUGACUUUUACUGUUUCUGGAUUUUUCUCGUGGCAGUUACAUCUGGAACACUCGUGUUAUUUCUUGCAGGUUCCCAAAGGGGCAGCAACACGGAUUAGCUUAGAAGCUAUCGUCGGGUAUGAUUUAGGAUACUGUGAUGAUAAAUAUGUCACUAUCUUAAAAACAGUAAUGGAAUUGAUAUAUAAAUUGGA